CAACCCAUCAUUUUUUUAAAUUUGAUAUUAUUCUCCAAAUCACAAAAAAAAUAAAAAAAAAUCAAUUGAUCUUUUAGAAUCAAAUAAAAUACAGCAAAACAACCAAAACCCUAAUUGCCUAAUCGAAUUCACAUUCUUCAUUUCAAAGGUUUAAAUAUGGCGGAUGAGAACGCUGCCAAUGGGGAUGUUUUCGAUGAUGCAGUGGAGAUCGAAGGAGAGGAAGAUUCGGAUGCUGCAUUGAAAACCGCUCCACUGACGCAGAAAAUAGCCGCAUUAGAGCAAGAAAAUAAUCAACUUUUUCAUGAGAACCAAGUCAUCAAAGAGAGGAUGGAGAAAUCGAAGCACUCGAUUGAAGAAAUCCAGAAUGAAAAAAUCGAGUUGCAGAAGAAGGCGGAGAAGCUUGAAUCCGAAAACAAGUCUUUUGGAUCUGUAGCUUCUCGAGCAGCAGAGCUCGAGGGUGAACACUCUCGACUGCAACACGAUCUCAUAACUGUGAUGAACGAUCUGGAAGAAUCGAAUUCUGAAUUUUCGAAACUGAAAUCGGUUCUAGAGGGGUUAAAGAGUAGCGAAAAUGAGAAGAGCGAGAAACUGAGCGCUAUUGAGAGUAAAAGGAAUUUAUUAUUGUUGAAAGUCGAGAAACUGGAAGCUAGUGAAAAAGAUCGGAGAGCUGAAAUAGAAGGGAAGGAAAAAGAAAUUAGGGGUUUGAACAAAAAGAUCGAGGAUUUGAAAGCUACUGUGAAGAACAACGAGGCGUGGAAAAAGGAGAAGGAGGCGCUUCACACGGUGAAAGAUGAGUUGGAGAAGAGGGUAAAAGAAAUGAUGGGGAGAGUGACCGAGUUGGAGAAGAAGUUGGAGGAGAAGGAAGCAUUGAUUACUGAAAGAGACGUCGACAGCAAUAUUAACGGUAUUUCAGCAGAGGAUAAGGUUAAAUCUCUGGGUGGCAAAGUAAACUUAACGGCGGUGGCUGCAUCUUCCGUUGCUGCAGCUGCUGUAGUUGGCAUUUUCUGCUAUCUUCGAUAUGCAAGAAAACCAUAAAGUCGAGCUUUUUUACCUGACCAAGUAUGGACGUUACAAUUUUUUGGUAGCGCUUUUGGUUAUGUUGGGCUACCUUACUUAGCUUUUGGCUCUCACCUUAUACUAGAAUUCCAUGUGUUAUCUUGAUUGGCUAGUGGCCAUGAACUACGUUUUGUUUGCUAAAGUGGACUAGGUGACAUAUUUCUGUUAGUACUUUUCUCUCGGCUGUGGGAGUUUUUAUUGCAACCAUUUUUUUCUUCAUUUAAACAAGUUUGUUGGUGUAUAACCAUUAAAAGAAAGCAUUUGUAUCGCACUGAAUUCAUAUGUAGUACUGAAUUGUCUCGAAUAAUUGAGUUCGUGUAUAACUCU